AUGUUUCCCUUCAACGGUCACGAGGAGAGCGGCCCUCAACCUCUGACUGAUGAAGAUCACCAGCUUUUGACCUCGCUUGUACAAAAGUACGGCCACUCCAGUAUCGUGUAUGCCUUGACCGGCUACGGAGAGUCUUCUCGCGCCUCCAUCUUCUCCGCCAACACAUUAUUGAGCAGUGGCGGCGCCAGCCUGAGUGCACCUUCUCUGGCUUGGACAAGCUCAGAUGCGUCUCAAUGUAGAUCUGACGGCGCUUCCAUAUCCACACAGCACACAUGGCCCGAAGUCGUCGCCGACAUGCCUCCUAUGCACGACGCGGAAACCGGCAAACUCGCUGAACGCUCAUGGCUUGACUCACCUGCCCCCGUUCCGUCGCCCAUGAUUGCCGAGGGAGCUUCUCACCCGUCUCCCCGACUGAUUGCCCCGACUGGCAAAAAGUACCAGUGCCCCAUGUGCUACCUUGACAGCAGCCCUGUUGGCUUUGGUCGCAAGAGCGACUUUAAGAAGCAUCUACACAACUUUCACGGUUCCGAUAUCGUCUGGAUCUGUCACACCAAGGGCUGCUACCAGUCAUUUUCCACGGAACGCGCCUACAGCACCCACGCCAAGGAGGCGCAUCGCAUGAAGGCCCUGCCCAAUAGUACCGCUCGAACCGAUCUGUGCCCGCAGGUUGUGUUUUCUUGUGGGUUUGAAACAUGUCGCGAUCGAGUCUUUGAAGCUGCCUCGGCCGAGGACGCCUCCGCCACCCGCGAUAAGCACUUCGAACACAUUGCCAAGCACUUUGAAGACGACUUUGACGUGAGCGACUGGGAGUACAAGGUGCAGAUCCAGAACCUGUUGCGGCAGCAACAAGUCAAGCCGGUAUGGAAGACGUGCAUCUGGCCGAAGGAGAAGCGUCAGCAGCUGCAAUGGCGCGCACGAUCAUCGGGAGACCUCAGGCGGAUGCUGGAAGCCCGUCAUCUCGGAUCCGACAUUUCUCAGAUUGUUCGCCUCGCAUUCAUCCUGGGCAACGCGCCCUUUUCUGCUCCCGGCGCAGCUCCUCCCGGCGAACUCGAUUCGUACUUUCAACUCCCCUACCGACAUCUGUGCCCCGACGACGCCCCUACACAAUGUGCCUCUCCGCCGGGUAUAAAGGGCGAAGAGGACAGCUCGUCAACGUUUAGCUUUUCCAAGUACCGAUCCAGCACGCAGACCGUGUUCCGACUGUCUGGCCGCAACUCGAAGAGGGCGUCUCGACCGCCGACGCCGACACCCGUGACGGAGAUGGCGCCGGACACAGUUAUGGCCGAGGAUAGUGGUGCGGCCGGACCGCACCCUGGCACGCCAUACCAGAUCCCCAGCGAGACCGUGUGGCACGACGCGCCCAAGUUUGCACCAGAGCAGCAGCCGGCGAUGCACAAGCCUCUAGAGCAGCCGAUGGAGAGCCCGAUGAUUUACCCACUGCAAGGUCAGGACCAGGCAUACGCGACGUGGACGACCAUGGAUACACCCAUGGCGCAGCCCAUGGACGGGAUGCACCAUCACCACCACCACCAGAUGGACGAGAUGCAAAUGCACUACCACGCACAGGCGCAGGCGCAGCAGCACCACAACCAGCAUCCGCAGCUUGGCAGCAACGGCAGCAUAUAUGGCGGGUACGCCGUCAACGCAAGCCCGACGUCGACGGUGGUGCGGCCGGGUACGCCCACGCCACACAAGCGGCCCGGCUCGUGGAGUCGCGUCAUGAGCAUGGAGAGCCUGCGGCCAAGCAAGAAGAUGUCGGCGCAGGACAUGGGCGGGAUGAUGCCGACGUCGAUGGGCGGCAUGUAG